AUGCCCGGCGCCGAUAGCCAGCCGCAGCUCGCAGCAAGCAUUCGAGCUCGACGACGUGCCAUGGCUGAAGGCAGGGCCGCCUCGGAUGAUCCCGAGGUGCCUGAAAGAGAAGCGUCGAUACCGCCCGUCUCCAGGACGCAAUCCAUGUUUCUGCGAAUGCGGACAGACACUUACUACCAAGACGUCGGAACUCUGUUGCACGAGCUCUACUCCAGCCCGACCAAGGUGCUCCUGGUGUUUGCUCCCGUCGGGAUCAUUGCGGGAUUUCUGCGCCUUCACCCAGUCGUCAUCUUUGCCUUGAACCUUGUCGCCCUCGUGCCUCUCUCCGCCCUGAUUCUCUACUCCGUUCUGGUAUUUACGGCGGAUUAUGCCCUGCUUGGCGGACUGCUGCGCGCCGUGUUUGGAAACGCUACAGAACUUGCGGUGCUUGGCUUCAGCUUUCUCGUGGCUAGCUAUGGGAAGAAGAAGGAGCCCUUCAGCAGGACCCGGACAUCGAUCAUGUCAUCCCUCGUCAUGAGCGGCUCGAUCUGCCUCGCAAUCCCGACAGUGAUUGCCAUGGCGGUGGAGGAAAAGCACCACGCUGGCAAGGUCAACAAGGACCCUCUGUUUCUAUCGCGCGCAACGUCCCUCGUCCAAAUGUUUCUGUUCCUAGCAUACCUCGUGUUUCGCUUUCGAACUCAUAAUCGAAUCUUUCCCCGGAACCCCAACGGCCCUCAUCUGAGCCGUACCAGUACUGGUCUCUCAUCUGGAUCCGGGUCGAGCCGUGGAUCCCGUCACUCUCAUGUGGACAUGAUCCUCGUGAGUCUAGGGGCUCUCACAUUCACCGCCUUGUGUAGCUAUUACUUGGUGGGCAGCUUGGCUGGAGCUACCAAGGCUCUGGGCGUAUCCGAGUCCUUUACCGCGUUGGUCGUGGUGCCACAGGCCGGUAGUUUGAUGAAGGCGGUUACCAUCAUCAAGCACACUCGGUCGAGCGCCGAUGCGUUACCGAGCGGCAUGGGCCGUCUUGACUUUGCAAUCCGUUCCAUCAUGACCAAUGUUUUCGACACGGAGCUCUUCAUCCUCCCUAUGCUGGUCCUGCUUGGCUGGGCCGUGGGCGAGCCUAUGAAGCUAAGUUUUGGACUUUUCGAAGCCGUGAUAUUCUUGAUGGCCAUCCUGACCAUGACGUACCUGGUACAGCAUGGCAAAACAACUUAUUUCGAAGGAAUCAUGCUCAUGGGGACGUACCUAUCUAUUGCCAUUGCAUUAUACGUCCGGCCCGAUGUUACAAAAACCAGCCCGUCUGCCUUUGGGAUUAGUCGUUUUUGA